CGACGCCAGCACACUCCUUGACAGCUCAGAUUUCCGUAUGAUCCAGACACUGAAAAGCAAGGUCCGGUUUGAGAACGCGGAAUGGACGUACUUGUUGUCGGAGAUUGAAAUGGUGCAUAGUCUGAUUCGGGCAGAGGAGCUUCGUGUCUUUGAGGAGCUGCGAGACAGCGUUUUGGAGGUCAGCUCGAGGAUCCGCACCAACAGCAGGGUUUUAGCCGAGUUGGAUGUGGCUAUUUCGAUGGCUGUUCUAGCUGCAAGGCACCAGUUUUCUCGGCCGCAGUUUGUCACGGACCGGGAUGACAGGCACUCGAUCAUCGGCGGGCGGCACCCUAUCGUUGAAGCCCAGCUGAUUUCUGCAAACCGCCAGUUUGUUGCCAACGACUGCACGUUUAAUGCAGAUUCGAGCCAGGUACUUCUUUUGACAGGGCCGAACAUGGGCGGCAAGAGUACAUACCUGCGCCAGGUCGCCUUGAUAUCGAUUCUGGCGCAGACUGGUAGCUUUGUGCCUGCCAACGAAGCGCAGCUGCAUGUGGUUGAUGCCAUCUACUCGCGGAUCGGGGCCCAUGACAAUCUGGCACUCGACCAGUCGACGUUUAUGGUGGAGAUGAGCGAGACGGCAGACAUCCUGCGGCAUGCGACCAGCCGGUCAUUGGUGAUCCUGGACGAGAUUGGGCGCGGUACGUCGACCAGGGACGGAGUGUCGAUUGCCUAUGCGACACUGAAGUAUCUGCACGACAAGGUCAGAUGCAAGGCGCUGUUUGCUACACACUACCACGAGCUGGUGCCGCAUGCCGUGCCAUCGCUGGCCGGGGUGCAGCCACUACAUACGGCGAUAUAUGAAGACGGUGAGGGUGGGUUUGCGUUUUUGCACAAGGUCAAGCCGGGAAUUUGCGAGAGAUCGCAUGGCCUGUAUGUAGCCCAGAUAGCCGGGAUGCCCGAUGAGGUGCUAGAGACUGCCCGGCAGUUUGCCAUCAGGAGACGCAGUGUUUAAAAUAGAAACAUUUCUGGCCAUGCCGCCAAUUGGAUGAGUAGAGGAGCGACCAGACAUACUGGCUCUGUGAUACUAGAAGCAUAAGGAAG